AUGUUUGUUUUGUCAAAAUUUCUAAAAGGACAUUCUCGUUUGUACUGUAACAUUGCUGCAAGAAAUUCAAUAGAACAUUUAAAAAGUAGAGCAUUGAUUCGAGUAAAAGGAAGCGAGGCACACGAUUUUUUACAGGGGCUCAUGACCAAUGACAUGCAGCAUUUAAUUAAAAGUACUAGGGGCUCAAUGUAUACCAUGUUUCUAAAUACCAAAGGUAGAGUUCUAUAUGAUAGUAUUGUUUAUAAGAUAGAAAAUGAAACGUAUUUCAUAGAAUGUGAUGUAGAAAUUGUAAACUCGUUACAAAAACACAUGAUGUUAUAUCGAAUCAGAAGAAAAAUAGAUAUUUGUAGUUUAGAAAAUGAUUAUAAAAUAUAUGUAUUAUUUAACAGUAAUAUUAUAAAAAACCAACCUCUUCCAUUGACUAAAGAUAAUUCUGAAAUUAAACUAAAUGAUUUGUCAGUAACAGAUAAGUUAAUGAUAUUUAAAGAUCCAAGAGUAAACGAUCUAGGUUAUAGAAUCAUAUCGACUAGUGAUGUUGAUAUUAAACAAGAAUUAAAUAAUUUAACAAAUAGUAGUUUUUCUGAUUCAACUGAUAGUUAUAAGCUAUUACGCUAUGCAUUGGGAAUAGGAGAAGGUACGAAUGACCUACCUGUAGGAAAUUGCUUUCCUCUUGAAAGCAAUUGUGAUUACUUGCAUGGAGUUAGUUUUCAUAAAGGAUGCUAUAUUGGUCAGGAACUUACUGCUAGAACCCAUCACACAGGAGUGGUAAGAAAACGUUUGAUGCCCCUGUACUUCAAAAAUCCACCAACUAUUUUACCUGAUGAUAACCGUUUAUUAGUUGAUAAGAGCAACUUAGGAAAAUUAAGAGGCAUAAAAGAUACUUUUGGUUUGGCAUUAUUAAGAGUAGAUUUGGCAUUGGAUUUUGGUGAAUUUAAAAUAGGUAAUGAAAUAGCCAAAGUUUUUAAACCUCAUUGGUGGCCUGUAACGUUGCCCAAGGAAAAAUUAAUUCAGAAGACAUGA